AUGAACUCACCUACUGCGAUAGAGUUAAUCAACUCACGCAAGUUGCAUAUUGCACAGAUUAGGGAGAAGGCGAAAAAACUCUUCGAUAGUGGUAUUCCGGGACUCCAGAUUGCCUCGAUGAUCAGCAGCAGCUUCGAUGAAUUUCUGGAAUCUCUUGCUGCUGAAACUCUCGCCGGUUUUACGAAAGAACAAGCCAAACUGAUCCCGAAACAGGGAGCGAUGAUCGCCAUCGGAGGGACUGGUCGCGGCGAAAUGGCACCCUAUUCUGAUAUCGAUCUGCUCUUCCUCGAAGAAAAAAGUGGAACAUCUGAUUUCAACCAGUUCGUCAACACUUUUGUACAAAACUGUUGGGAUUCAAAAAUUCAAUUGGGACACUCCGUCCGCGAUGUUGCAACUUGCAUCACACUCGCACGUCAAGACCCACAAAUUGCAACCCCUCUUGUUGAAGCUCGCUUCCUGUGGGGGAAUGAGUCACUCUUUGACCGUUUAGUGACACAAUUCAAACAGCGAGUCCUCUUCUCUCGUCGCCGCAAGUUUAUUGAAGGUUGCUUGGAAGCACGCCAGGAAGGUUGGUCCGAAUAUGGACCGCCUGCCCAAGAACUGGAACCUGACAUCAAAUCAUCAUCAGGCGGCCUCCGCGAUUUGCACCUGAUUCGCUGGAUCGGUUAUGCCCGCUAUGGUGUCAAAGACAUUGACUCUUUAAGACUGAAAGGGGCUCUUUCAAAAGAAGAUGCCCGCAGCCUGAAACAGGCUUGGGAAUUCUUAACCCGACUCCGCAUCGACCUGCACUUCAGCGAUGGAGACGAACAGGAUCGCUUGACGAAAGAUGAGCAGUUACGCAUCGCUGAAGAACGAGGUUACACCGGCAGCGACAAACAACGUCCUGUCGAGCAGUUUAUGCAGGAGUAUUUUCAUUACAGUUCCAGUUUAGCUGCCAUCACCCGGAGAUUUGUCGCUAUCGAGCGUCCACGAACGUUGGCAGAGAAAACACGUGAUGUCGUCAUCGGACACCGUGCUGAAGGGAUGUUCUAUGUUGGCUCAGAUCGUAUUGAAGUUGCGGACCGCUAUGUAGACCGCGUCUGUCGGGAUGUCGAAUCAAUGUUGCAGCUCUACAAAGCGGCUGCACUUUAUGGUGUCUUGCCAUCUCCCAAGAUUGCUGAAGCCAUUAAAGAUCACUUACCUGACUCGCCAGACGAGCUCUCUGAACGUUCAGCGAAAUCUUUUAUUGAAAUUUUCAAAUGCAAAUCGGCCUUAGGCCCAAUCUUGCGCAGUAUGUUUCAAACAGGAUUGCUCGAUCUAGUUAUCCCGCAAGUGACGCACAUCCGAGACCUGUUGCAGUUUAACCAAUACCAUCACUUCACAGUCGAUGAACACACACUGAGAGCUGUUGAAGCAGUAACGCGAUUUGAAGAAGACCAGGGACCGGCCGGGGCGGCUUAUCGAGAAAUUCGCCAUCAGGAAGUUUUACACCUGGCGGUCCUUCUGCAUGACAUUGGCAAGGGAAUGGGAGGCGAUCACAGUGAGAUCGGAGCUGACAUCGCGAUCGAAGUCGGCACGAGAUUACGCAUGCCUGUUUAUCAGAUCGAGCAGGUCUCGCUGUUGGUGAAACUGCAUUUGGUAAUGGCUGACAUCGCUUUCCGUCGUGACAUUACCGACCCCGAACUGCUGGUCAAUUUCUGCCGACAGAUCGGGUCACCUGAUGUCUUAAGAAUGCUCUAUACCUUGACAAUCGCAGAUGUCUCAGCAGUUGGUCCAGGCACUUGGACCAGCUGGAAGGCAAACCUGCUGACCGAACUCUUCGAUCGCUGCCUCGUCAUUCUGAGCGGAAAACGCUACGUCUACGAUGAACAACAACGUAUUCAGGAGACACGCCUCAAAGUCACCAAGUGCCUCGCUGAGAGAGGAGAAGAUAAAGGAACACUCGACUGGGUCACUGUGCAACUUGCUGGUUUUUCUGCCUACUAUUUGACCUGCACCCCACCUGAGCAAAUUGCUGAUGACUUGCAGAUCAUGGAACGAAUCAGCGACAAAGGGGUCGAGGUCAUUGCCAGUUGGGAUGAGCAGACCAAUUCCAUGGAAUACCGCGUUGUCUCCGCUGAAAAAGAGAUUCAGUCGGGCUGUUUCCACAAAAUGGCUGGUGUACUCACCGCCAAACGACUUGAGAUCCUCUCAGCCGACAUUAAUACAUCUGCCAGUGGGAUCAUUAUUGAUAGCUAUCGCGUUGUCGAUCCUGAUUACACGGAUGAACCACCACAGUCUCGCGUCGAUGAAAUCGCAAAUGCUUUACGCUCAGUUCUGUCUGGUGAAACAUCCGUUGAAGAACUCUUCAUUCGCAAUUCCCGCUUUGGGUCAACGACGAAUGCAAACCCGGUUUCUGAACUUCCACAACUUGUCAAAAUUGACAAUGACUCCUCUGACAGUCGGACCAUCUUUGAUGUUUUCGCCACAAAUCGACCAGGGUUGCUCUAUACCUUGACGCUAGCUCUGUACGACAUGCAUGUCUCCAUUGACAUGGCAAAAAUUUCGACACAUUUCGAUCAGGUGAUCGAUGUCUUCUACGUUCAGGAGCAAGAUGGAAAAAGAAUUCGCACCGCUGAGCGAUUGCAAGAAAUCAAAGAUGGCUUGCAGCGAGCGCUCGAUGAUUUUGAUAGCCAGGAACAUCAAAAAUUUGAACGUGGUUCGACUUUGACCUUGAAGAAAUCAUGA